CUCCCCUGCAGGCAGGCAGGCACGCCUUCAGCCCUCAGCGUCUGAUCACAUUUCCUCAGCAACAUGUUUCCUCCUCUGUUCGCCCAGACUGCUCAGCUGUCAUAUCCCCAACGGAGAGACACAUCUCAACCCUGAGUAAGAAACUCUCCCAAACGAUGUUACAAGUCGCCGUCCCUUUGCGGAACACCUUUUCAACUUAAUGGUCAUUACUAUUCAUGCGACUUCUUGGACUAUGUGGAACAACAUCUUAUGAAGAACAAUACAACGUGUUUAGCUCAUCCAUUCACCAGAUGACACAAGUCGGGUUUGGAAGUCCCAGACUGAUUUAGAUUAAAUAGUAAGAGAGGGGAAACAUGGGAGUGUCAUUGUUUCGCUUGAUUGCCAUCUUUGUGGCUGUCAGCAUAAUCCACUGCCAAACAGUUUGCAACAGACAAAUGUCCCUUGAGUGGCACCUUAAACAGCACACAGUCCAAAUGCACUGGACUCUCAUAGGAAACAUCUGUAGAAGUGUUGCUCAGUGUUGGGGGGAGUCUCAGGGGGAAGACGAGUCAAGUGGGCGCCCUUUCAACUUCCCACAGUUAUGCCCGCUUCAGCUGCAACAUGGAGACAAACUGCUGAUGUCUGCUGAUGAAACACUGAAGUCAUAUGGCAUCAGACUCCUCAAUGUUUCAAAACACAACUUUGAAAGCUGCUCCACAAAUGGACAGAUAAAAGAUCAGUUCCUUUUCCCCCACAAUAUAAAUGAAAGUGCACAGGUUGAGGCCAAGUGGCUCACCCCGGGUCGUCAUUACUUCAUCGCCCUGCAUGAGGGAGACACGCAGCUGUGCAAGCUUGGCUUAAGGCUCAAUGUGUCUGUUAAAACACAACUUUGUCAGGUUUCUCCUCUGCUUCGACUUUGUUCAGGGAAAGGUAUUUGUCAAACAGACCUCUGGGAAGGUGCAUACCACUGUCGAUGCCACCACCGCUACUCUGGGAGGUUUUGUGAAAAGUUUGAUGCCUGUUUGGAUAACCCUUGUGAAAACAAAGGAGUCUGUUUGAGCAAUGGAUCCACAGAUCCAAACCACAGAACAUAUAAAUGUCUGUGUCCUCCACAUUUUACAGGGGUUAACUGCUCUGAAGUUGUUGGAAAAGAGAACUGUGACAAAAUUUGUGAAAAUGGGACAUGCACUCAAGUGUCACCUACGUCCUUCAAAUGCAUCUGUGACACAGGAGUCUCUGGCCCACCUUGUGAGAAGAGGAAAGUGGCCUGUCAUCCAAAUCCAUGCAGGAAUGGUGGCCUGUGUGAGGAGACCCCCAAAGGAUUUGUUUGUCAUUGUCCAGAAAGAUUCGGGGGCUUCUACUGCGACUCCAGAGUUGACUUCGAUUGCAUGUCAUAUGCAUGUCAGGAGGAACAAAUUUGCACCGCAGGGGAGCGUGCUUCUGAAUGUGUCUGUGCAGAUGGUAAUGUGGUCCCAGUGUGCAGGAGGCAGCAGAACCUGUGCAGCCCAUCACCAUGUCUCAACAAUGCCACCUGCAUGUCCAGGGGAAAUGAUUAUGUCUGCAGAUGUCUGAGAGGGUUUUCUGGGAAGAACUGUGAAGAAAUAAUUGACUACUGCAGGCUGCUCAAUAUCAACUGCCUAAAUGAGGGAUUGUGCUUGAGUGUAAUUGGCGGAUAUCAGUGUGUUUGUGCCCCAGGAUGGAUUGGAGAGUUUUGUCAAUAUGUGGACAAUGCCUGCCUAAUGAAACCAAACAGCUGUAUGAAUGGAGCCACAUGCAUUACAACAAGUCAGCCAUCAUCUCCCCCACAGUACACAUGCAAAUGCCCCUUCGGCUUCACAGGAACGAAGUGUGAGACUGAGAUCAACGAGUGUGACUCCAGCCCCUGUCAGCACAAUGGCACAUGCUCUGACUUGCUAGGACUCUACGAGUGCCAGUGUCCUACAGGUUUUCUGGGAAAGAACUGUGAAGUUGACAUAGAUGCUUGUGUUCUUCCCAACAACACAUGUCCACCAAGGACUCUGUGUUUGGAUCUCCCAGAUGGUCUGGAAUACACCUGCCGUGUUCCCUGCCCUCAAAACCUUAAACCUUGUGACAAUGGAGGACGCUGUGUGUUGAACAAUGCCAGUAGCUACACCUGUAUCUGUACACCUGGUUGGUCUGGUCAGACCUGCCGUGUAAAUGUCAAUGAUUGUGUUCAACAUUGGUGUCAAAAUGGAGCCACUUGUGUGGAUGAGAUUGAUGGUUACAGCUGCCUUUGUCCCAGAGGAUACACAGGUGUUUACUGUGAGGAGGACAUUGAUUACUGUGUUGGCCAUCACUGCUCUGAACAUGGUGUUUGCUUGGACCAGCAGUAUAACUUCACCUGCCGCUGCAUGCUUGGAUUUGAAGGGUUGCUCUGUGAACUGGAAACAAAUGAGUGCAACAGCCUCCCCUGUGCACGCGGUGCCACCUGUGUGGACCUAAUCAGUGAUUAUCGGUGCCACUGUCCCCCAGGGUUUGAGGGAAGGACCUGCUCCGAGAAUGUAAAUGAUUGUUGGUCGCAGCCUUGUCUAAAUGGAGGCUCAUGUAUGGAUCUGAUAAAUGACUACAUUUGUCACUGUCCUCUUGGAUUCAAGGGGAAAGAUUGCUCGGUGGAUAUUGACCUUUGCUCAUUUGGAAUCUGCAGCGAACAUACAUCAAUAUGCACUGAGACCAAGAAUGGACAGAAUGUCUCUUGUACAUGUGAAAGAGGGUUUGGGGGGUUGAACUGUGAAAUCAACUAUGAUGAAUGUGUCCAUGGAUAUUGCGCCAAUAAUUCCACAUGUAUUGACUUGGUUGCAGACUAUGAGUGCAUCUGUCCUCCAGGCUUUGCUGGUAAGAAUUGCUCCAUAUUUGUCUCUGCAUGUGAGUCAGAUGUUGAGUUCUGCAAAAAUGGAGGAACCUGCUCCAGUGGCUUAUCUGGAGAGAUACAUUGUAUUUGCCAUCCAGGAUACCAUGGCAAUGACUGCUCCUCAUCUGUGAACCAAUGUGUGUCAAAUCCCUGCGACCCUGAAGGGACUCUCCUCUGUGAAGAACUGGCAAAUACUUAUAGAUGUGUUUGUCAACAUGGCUACACUGGCCCGCACUGCAAAAUGCCUAUAAACCACUGUGUUGAUGGCCUGUGUCAACAUGGUUCAGUGUGUGUGGAUCUAUCAAGAGGGUUCAAGUGUGAUUGUUUACCAGGUUUAACAGGCAGGUUUUGUGAGAUAAACAUUGAUGAUUGUGAAGAACGACCAUGUGGAGUCCUGAGUGUUUGUAAAGACACUCUGAAUGGCUACGAUUGCUUCUGUGCACCAGGAUUUAUUGGAAAUAACUGUGAGAUUGAAGUGAAUGAAUGUCUCAGCCAGCCUUGCAGAAAUGGAGGCUCCUGCAUUGACGAGCUCAACUCAUUCAGCUGCCAGUGUCCUCUUGGAGUCACAGGGGACUACUGUGAAGUCAACAUAGAUGAAUGCAUAUCCUCUCCCUGCCUGCACAAUGCCACCUGUGUUGACCUUGUUCAUGGCUAUGGAUGUGUUUGUAUGCCUGGCUUCACAGGUACAAAAUGUGAACUUGACAUUGACGAGUGUGUUUCAUCUCCCUGCAAGAAUGGAGCCACUUGCAUUGACCAGCCUGGUAAUUACUUCUGCCAAUGUGUGGCUCCAUUUAAAGGUCAUAAUUGUGAGUUCUUACCCUGCGAGGCCAGUAAUCCCUGCGAGAACGAUGCAGUGUGUGUGGAGGAGUUGGAUCAGGACCAUUUCCCUUUGGGUUUCCGCUGUCACUGUCGCCGCGGCUUCACUGGCCCCCGCUGUGAAAUCAAUGUGGAUGAGUGCAGCUCCAGCCCCUGUUUUCACGGCUUCUGCUAUGAUGUUGUAGAUGGCUUUUACUGCCUUUGUAGUCCUGGUUAUGCUGGGCUGAGAUGUGAGCAAGACAUCGAUGACUGCGUGAACAGUUUGUGCAGUACCAACUCUAUUUGUAAAGACCUCCAUCUGAGUUACGAGUGUGUGUGUCAUUCCGGCUGGGAGGGGGAGUACUGCCAACAAGAAAUUGAUGAAUGUUUAUCACAGCCCUGCAAAAACAACGCCACCUGCACAGACCUUCUCAACAGCUACAAGUGUUUGUGCUCACCAGGCUGGACAGGUGUGGACUGUGCAGAGGAUGUGAAUGAGUGUGAUUCUCGGCCCUGUCUAAAUGGAGCUCAGUGUCAGGAGUCAGACAUACCUGGGGAGUUCUCUUGCACCUGUCCCCCCUUCUUCAGUGGCCCCUUGUGCAACCAGCCUUAUGACCCCUGCGACCCCCUUCACAAUCCGUGCCUGCACAACUCCACCUGCCUGACACGCUCCAAUGGAACAGCCUCCUGCAGAUGCCCAGCUGGAUUUGAAGGAAGUUGGUGUGAAAUUGACACCAAUGAGUGUAGCUCAAAUCCAUGCCAGAACCAGGGCGACUGUGUGGACCGGGUCAACAGUUAUAGCUGUGAUUGUAAGAUGGGAUUUUCUGGCAUUCACUGUGAGGAAGACAUCAAUGAGUGCACCUCCAACCCUUGCCACAAUGCCAGCACUUGUCAAGACCUUGUGAAUGAGUUUCGCUGCCUUUGCCCUCCUGGUUAUUUUGGAACACUGUGUGACCUGGAUGUGAAUGAGUGUGAAGUUUCACCUUGCCUACACGGGGGCACCUGUAUUAACACGCCCGGGGGCUUCAAAUGUGUCUGUCGCCCUGGAUACUCAGGGCCACGGUGUGAAGUUAACAUCGAUGAAUGUGUUUCAAACCCAUGCCAAAAUAGUGGGAAAUGUACUGAUGCGCCUAAUCAAUACCACUGCUUGUGUCCUGAUGGCUUCAUUGGGCUUCACUGUGAGACCAACAUUGAUGAAUGCAUGUCAGCGCCUUGUCUCCAUGGGAGCUGUACUGAUGGAAUACAUUCAUACUCCUGUCUCUGUGAAUCUGGAUGGACGGGCAGCAGAUGUGAAACAAACAUUGACGACUGUGCUUCCAGUCCCUGUCUGAAUGGAGGCUCAUGUGUGGAUCUCACUGAUAAAUAUGCAUGCUUCUGUCAGGAUGGUUACACAGGGAAGACCUGUGAGAAUGAUGUAGACAUCUGCAAAGAGGUUGCUUUUAAUGUCUCGUUGUGUUUCAAUGGAGCCACCUGCCUUGAUGGUGAAGGAUCAAACUUUACAUGCAGCUGUCCACCAGGUUUCAUGGGGGAUUUCUGUGAAGUGGAUGUUAACGAAUGUUGCUCAGCUCCCUGCCACAAUGGUGCCAUUUGCCAAGAUCUUAUUAAUAGCUACGUCUGCCACUGCAGGUCAGGUUGGACAGGCCUUCACUGUGAGGAUGACAUUAAUGAGUGCCUUCCACAGCCCUGCAACCAGGGGAUAUGCAUUCAGAAUGAUCCAGGCUAUGGCUACACCUGUUUCUGUCGUCCUGGAUUUGUGGGGAAAAACUGUGAGCACAACUAUGAUGACUGCCUGUCAAAUCCAUGUCCAGAAGCAUUUUCCUGUGUAGAUGGCAUCAACAAGGUCAGUUGCCUGCCUCCUGUUACGGAUGCUGUUCCCUUGGCGACUGUAGUCAAGAACAUCUCUCGCAGCUCCACACCUAGAGUGCCAACUCCAACACUUAGCCCAACAGCAACAGCUGAGCAAACCACAGAUUUGAGCUACAUUCAGUACUUUGGGGAUUCAUACCUGGAGUUUGAGGGUAUUGACCUCAGCGCACUCAACAAUAUUACUGUGAGAUUCCAAACCCAGGUGGCCCAGGGAACUAUAUUUUAUGUGGACCAAGGGCCUGCAAAUGGUGAUUUCUUUUUCAUGAAACUCUAUGUCUUGGAUGGAAUCUUACAGUAUGCCUUUUGCUGUAAUGAGGAGGAAGAGAUUACACCAAUCAAAACAUUAAUUCGUGUUGAUGAUGGCAUGGUUCACAUUGUUAAUAUCAGACAACACCUGACCCCUUGUGAAGCAGAGCUCUCUCUUUCUGGCCAUAAGAAAAUCAAGAGUAACACAAGUAAUUACUGGUUGGGACACAUGAUACAAAGCACAAACCAUGUCUUCACAGGUGGUCUGCCACAACGAUAUCCCCCCAGUCAGAAAGCAAAACCUUUUCACAACUACACUGGCUGCAUUGAAAUAAUUGAAAUUAAUAACCUGAGGAGUUUUUACACAUCUGAUGCCAUUGCUGGCAGCAACAUCAACCAAUGCAGAUAUACACUGGAUGCCACUGAAGCUUCCACAAGUUCCUCAAGUUUGACAACUCAAUCAACCACCCCUGGCACAGUGAACACAACAGCAAUGGCAGCUCCCACACAAACACCAAAACAUCCUCUGCAUGAAUCUCAAGUUUGCCGUGACGGUCUCUGCCACAAUGGAGGAACAUGUCAUCGGCCACAGCUGCCUGGAGGAGCUCUGCCUUCCUGUCACUGCCCGCUUCAUUUUACUGGAACUUUCUGUGAGAAAGAUACCACAAUAUAUAUCCCCUCAUUUGAUGGCACGUCUUAUUUGGAGCUGCAGCCUCUUACGUUCCUUCUCCAGCAUUCUCUACCUUCUACUGUCAAGGACACCAAUGUUAUUCUCUAUUUGACAGUGAAAACAAGAUCUGCACAGGGCACCAUCCUCUACACUCAAGAGCAGAACUUUGGGGAUCAGUUCCUUCAUGUCUUCCUUGAAGAUGGAACUCCUAUUGCUAAACUUGGGUGCGGUGGCAGUCAUGUUUUGAAUGCCGCUGCAGGCCAGACCAUCAACAAUAACAGAUGGACACCAAUCACAGUCCAAUACAAUCUGCCUGUCGGCAAACAAGGAGGGUCAUGUAUGAUUGAAAUAGCUACAGAUAAUGGCACAGCUCAGCGUCUUGAAGAGUAUGUGUUGCAUCCCGUGUCAGAGGGAACCUUUGGACCCAUAUUUCUUGGGGAUGUUUCUUCCCAGUGGGAGACGCGUGAUGGGAGUGCAAAGGGAGCGAGGAGAUUCAUCGGCUGCAUCAGGGAACUUCAGGUCAACUCAAAGGAGAUUUACUUGGUGGGUGAGGCAGUGAGAGGGAGAAACAUCAAGAACUGUGACCCGCCUGUCUGCCAGCACCUUCCCUGUCGUAAUGGAGGAACUUGUGUCAGUGAUGCUGAGGACUGGUUCUGCGAGUGCCCCUGGCUCUACACAGGCCGGCUGUGCCAGUUCAAUGCCUGCGAGCGCAACCCCUGCAGUCACGGUGCCACAUGCAUCCCAAAGUCGCCACUGGAAGCCGCGUGUCUCUGCCCCUACGGAAGACAAGGUCUACUGUGUGACGAACCCAUCAACAUAACUCGUGCCAGAUUCAGUGGAACUGAUGAGUUUGGUUACACCUCCUUUGUGGCUUACUCCUCCCUCCCGAGCCUCAGUUUCUUCUACGAGUUCAAGCUGAAGUUCACGCUCGCCAACAAUUCAUCAGCUGUGAAAGACAACCUGAUCCUGUUCGCUGGGCAUAAAGGACAAGGAAAUGAUGGUGAUGACUUCUUUGUGUUGGGACUGCGAAAUGGCCGAGUUGUGCAUAAAUUUAACCUUGGAUCGGGCAUAGCAAUCAUUGUCAGUGAUCGACUGAACCAGCAGAUCAACAUUCACACUGUUACAUUUGGAAGGUCAAAGAAAACAGGAUGGCUGAAGGUUGAUGGUCAACGUAACAGGACAGGAUCGUCUCCAGGACCCCUGGUCGGCCUCAAUGUUUUCAACCAGCUCUUUGUAGGUGGAUAUAAUGAGUACACCCCUGAACUACUGCCACUUGGCUCCAGGUUCCGUCAUGGCUUUCAGGGGUGCAUUUUUGAUGUGCAGUUCCGAACAGGGAGAGACAGAAAGUUCCAAGUACUGGGACAGCCUGCGGGACAUCCAGCCUUUGGGCGCAGUGUGGGUCAGUGUGGAGUCACACUGUGUGUUCAUAUUCACUGCAGGAACGGAGGCAUGUGUGUGGAUUCUGGCUCUUCUGUGUAUUGCCAGUGCCCAUUUGGAUGGAAAGGAGCACUGUGUUCUGAGACCGUGUCUGUGUGUGAUGUUGAGCACAGUCCCCCUCCUCUGUGUGCCCACGGCUCCACCUGCAUCCCUCUCCCUAAUGGAUAUACCUGCCAGUGCCCCCUGGGGACUGCGGGGCUCUACUGUGAAAAAGCUGUGACCAUCAGUGAUCCAUACUUCAGCAGUAACCUGUCUUCAUGGAUGUCAUUCCCACCUCUGAGUAUUAGACACAGGACUGCUCUGCAGCUGCAGUUCCAGCCUUUGUCACCUGAUGGCAUUCUUGUCUACAUUGCACAGCAUCUCAGUGCAAGAGCAGGAGAUUUCUUCUGCCUCUCCUUAAAAUCUGGGUUUGUCCAGCUGCGAUACAAUCUGGGGGAUGGUACCCACAUCCUGCAGUCUGCUCAGCAAGUGGACUCACACGGCAGGACCUGGCACACGGUGAAGACUGGCCGAAUUGGCCACCAAGGCUUCCUUAGUCUGGAUAACAAGGAGGUUAAAGAAAAUGUGACUGAAGGGAUGACCACCCUUGAUGUUGCCACAGACAUCUUUGUUGGAGGUGUGUCCACCCUGAGUUUCGUCUCCAUGGAUGCAACUGAAGGGGAACCAAUGGGCUUCACUGGUGGCCUACGAGAACUUAUACUCAACGGUCAAGAGUUUGAGUUAACAGAGACAGGGGCAGUAAGUGGAGCAAACAUAGGGGACUGGGAUGGGACAGCUUGUGGGUACAAGGUGUGCCAAAAUGGAGGUCAGUGCAGGGCAGCAGGAGGUCAGUCAUUCACAUGUAUAUGCCCACCAUCAUGGACUGGCUCUGUGUGUAACCAGUCUGUAAGCUGUGCAAACAGCAUCUGCAAACAUGGUUCCCUAUGUGUACCAUCUAAUGUGACCUCAUACCGCUGCAUAUGCCCCCUAGGAUGGGGAGGUAGGUACUGUGAUGUAGAAAUAUCCACAGACAAUCUCAAGUUUGUGGGAAACUCAUACAUUAAAUACUUGGACCCGAGAUACAACACGAGAAAUUUAAAAUACACACAGGUUUCUUUUAGCUUCCGUACAAACUCGAACGCCAGUUUGAUUAUGUGGAUGGGCAAGGCCGAACACGAAGAUGAUGACUACCUCGCAGUCGGCCUUGAGAGUGGACACCUCAAAAUUGCAGUCAAUCUUGGAGAGAGACUUUCCCUCCCAUUAAUUUUCAGAAACCUCACACUGUGCUGCAACAAAUGGCACAGUGUUUCCAUUUCUUUAAACAGCACCAUUGUUCAGGUGUUCCUGAACAAGAAGAGAGUCUUCUUUGAAGACGUGGACCCAUUUGAGCGUUACGUGGCCUUAAACUAUGGGGGUCAGCUUUACUUUGGAGGGUUUGAAUUACUUAAAAAUGUAUCAGUUGUCACUUCUCAGUUGUUUUCAAAGGGCUUUGAUGGAAAUCUCGAAAAUGUUUAUUUGUUUGAAGAUAUCCAACCAGUGCUGUUUCUCAAAAAUAGUGAAGGUUUUAAUGUUUAUGAGGGAAAUGAAUAGUAGUGAAAAUCUCAUUUCUUGAUAUACAGUAGCUAAAAAUUCCCCUUAUGACACAAUGUUAAACUUGCUAUUAUCUGUAUUUUAUAAUGCCCUACUACAGACUUGUCUGUAAAGAGACUUGUGUAACACUUUGAGAUGGUUAGGUUCUAGUUUUAGUUGACACUAAACUAUAUUCUACUACUUGUUU